AUGGUGUUUCUUGAGACUGUAGGCUCCGAGCCGUUGACACUGGCACGGCUGGCGUGGGGAUUGAGCAUCACCACUCUCGUCACUGCACUUUUUCUCAAAACACGAUCGUUUUUCCAGAACGCAAUUACCGAGUUGCUCUCAGGUCUCCUUGACUGGUACCUGCAUUGGGCAUACCCUAUCAAGAGUGAGGAUGGCACGAAGAAUCUACCGUCGCUCCCAUACCGCUGGCCCAACGGCAACGGUGACGUUGCAAAGUUCCUCCAAGGCCGCCAGAAUGCCGAAGAAUGGCUACAGAAACACGGCUCCAUCUACCGGAUCUGGUGCGGCUCUUCGUCCGAGGUUGUGAUUUCCGAUCCACAGCACUUGAAAGAGAUCUUCAAAGACUCGGACCAGCAUCUCAAAGCCGUGAACAAUGACUCGGGAUACCUGAUGAGCCAGAUAUUGGGUCAGUGUGUGGGAUUGCUGAGCGGCAAAGCAUGGCAAAGCCUUCGGUCCCAGAUGGAGGUGCCGUUCACCCAUUCUGCCAUCUCCAACGACGCUCCUGUCAUCCGCAAGCAGACACGGCGCUAUGUGGAAAAUCUGCGUAACAGCGGAGAGUUCCAAAACGGAAUCUUCGACCCUGCGAGAGACGUCAAGUUUUAUCCAUUCUUGGUCGUGGCCACGUUGAUGUACGGUGACCUCAACGCCGAGGACAUCAAGUGGCUCAAGAGGAUAGCCCCCGUGCGCCAGAAACUUUUUACGUUCGUGAUCAAGGGUGGCAUGGCAAGAUUCUCCUUGUCUCGCUUCCUCCCAACAACAGCAAACAGGCUGCUGAAUGAUUUUCAACGGGAGUGGCUGCGCUUCAACGAGACCAUUUACGAAAGAUCGAAGGCCAAUGGAGCUGAAACACCAUUGACCAAGUUGUGGGAAGACAGCAAGGCCGGCAAGAUUGACCAAACACAGCUGCUGCAAACGUUGGACGAGUCCCUCUUUGCGAAUCUCGACGUUACGACCGGUGCAAUCUCGUGGAACUUCAUCCAUCUCGCCUCCUCGCCGAAAGACCAAGCCAGACUUCUGGAGGAAAUCGAAAAGGAAGUCGGGCCGGACGAUGCAUCUUGGGACACAUACAUCUCUCGAAACGACACCUUCCUUGCCGCCUGCAUCAGCGAGGCUUCCCGCCUGCGGCCUGUUGCCCCAUUCUCCAUCCCUCAGGCUCCCCCAACUGACCGCAAAGUCGGCGAGUGGAUCAUUCCCGGACGCACCAUGGUCAUCGUUGACACGUACGGGCUCAACAUCCGCAACCCCUUCUGGGGAGCCGACAGCACCAAGUACAAACCGGAGCGCUUCUUGGGUCUCAAGCCACCGCAGGUGCGAUACAACAUGUGGCGCUAUGGCUUCGGCCCACGUCAGUGCAUGGGCAAAUUCGUUGCGGACCGCAUGGUUCGCAGCAUCGUGGCUGCUCUGCUCAAGGACCACCGGAUGGAACUGCGACCCGAGGAUGCAAACGGCGAUUACUCCGUGAACCCGGAUGAGUGGAUCACUCAUCCCGACAUGAAGCUUGUUUGUCAUAGGCGGUGA